AUGGACCGCAAGGCCAACAUCCGUAACAUGUCGGUCAUUGCUCACGUCGAUCACGGAAAGUCCACUCUCAGUGACUCCAUGGUCCAGCGUGCCGGUAUUAUCUCCGCCGCCAAGGCUGGUGAGACCCGUUUCAUGGACACCCGUCCCGAUGAGCAGGACCGUUGCAUUACCAUCAAGUCCACCGCCAUCUCGCUGUACGCCAAGUUCCCCGACCCUGAGGAUCUGAAGGAAAUCCCUCAGGCCGUCGACGGUCACGAGUUCUUGAUCAACUUGAUCGAUUCCCCCGGUCACGUUGAUUUCUCGUCCGAGGUUACUGCCGCUCUCCGUGUCACCGAUGGUGCCCUGGUCGUCGUCGACUGUGUCUCCGGUGUCUGUGUCCAGACCGAGACUGUCCUGCGUCAGGCCCUGACCGAGCGUAUCAAGCCCGUCCUUAUCAUCAACAAGGUCGACCGUGCUCUGCUCGAGCUGCAGGUCUCCAAGGAGGAUCUGUACCAGUCCUUCUCUCGUACCAUCGAGUCCGUCAACGUCAUCAUCGCCACCUACCUCGACAAGGCUCUCGGUGAUGUCCAGGUCUACCCCGACCGCGGUACCGUUGCCUUCGGUUCCGGUCUCCACGGCUGGGCUUUCACCGUCCGCCAGUUCGCCGUCAAGUACGCCAAGAAGUUCGGUGUUGACCGCAAGAAGAUGCUUGAGCGUCUGUGGGGUGACAACUACUUCAACCCCAAGACCAAGAAGUGGACCAACAAGCCCGAGGCUGACGGCAAGCCCCUUGAGCGUGCCUUCAACCAGUUCAUCUUGGACCCCAUCUUCAAGAUCUUCAACGCCAUCAACAACGACAAGAAGGAGGAGAUCCCCACCCUUCUCGAGAAGCUCGAGAUCAAGCUGGCCUCCGACGAGAAGGACCUCGUUGGCAAGCAGCUGCUCAAGACUGUCAUGCGCAAGUUCUUGCCCGCCGCUGAUGCCAUGCUGGAGAUGAUCUGUAUCCACCUGCCCUCGCCCGUCACCGCCCAGAAGUACCGUGCCGAGACUCUGUACGAGGGUCCCCAGGACGACGAGUGCGCCCUCGGUAUCCGUGACUGUGACGCCAAGGCUCCUCUCAUGCUUUACGUCUCCAAGAUGGUGCCCACCUCCGAUAAGGGUCGUUUCUACGCUUUCGGUCGUGUCUACUCCGGUACCGUCAAGUCCGGUCUGAAGGUCCGUAUCCAGGGUCCCAACUACACCCCUGGUAAGAAGGAGGACCUCUUCGUCAAGGCCAUCCAGCGUACCAUCCUGAUGAUGGGUCGUUUCGUCGAGCCCAUUGAGGAUGUUCCCGCCGGUAACAUCGUCGGUCUGGUUGGUGUCGACCAGUUCCUGCUCAAGUCUGGUACCCUCACCACCUCCGAGACUGCCCACAACCUAAAGGUCAUGAGAUUCUCCGUCUCCCCCGUCGUGCAGCGCUCCGUUGAGGUCAAGAACGCCCAGGAUCUGCCCAAGCUGGUCGAGGGUCUUAAGCGUCUGUCCAAGUCCGACCCCUGUGUCCUGACCUUCAUCUCCGAGUCUGGUCAGCACGUUGUUGCUGGUGCUGGUGAGCUUCACCUGGAGAUCUGCUUGAAGGAUCUCGAGGAGGACCACGCCGGUAUUCCUCUCCGUAUCUCCGACCCCGUUGUGCCCUACCGUGAGACCGUCACUGCUCAGUCCAGCAUGACCGCUCUCUCCAAGUCGCCCAACAAGCACAACCGUCUGUACCUCACUGCCGAGCCCAUCGAUGAGGAGGUCGCCCUCGCCAUCGAGUCCGGCAAGAUCAGCCCCCGUGACGAUUUUAAGGCUCGUGCCCGUCUCAUGGCUGACGAGUACGGCUGGGAUGUCACCGACGCCCGUAAGAUCUGGUGUUUCGGUCCCGACACCAACGGUGCCAACCUGCUCAUUGACCAGACCAAGGCCGUCCAGUACCUCAACGAAAUCAAGGACUCUGUCGUCUCUGGUUUCCAGUGGGCCACCCGCGAGGGUCCCGUUGCCGAGGAGCCUAUGCGUGCUAUCCGCUUCAACAUCCUUGAUGUGACCCUGCACGCUGAUGCCAUCCACCGUGGUGGUGGUCAGAUCAUCCCCACUGCCCGUCGUGCUCUGUACGCCGCUACCCUCCUUGCCGACCCCGGUCUCCUCGAGCCCAUCUUCAACGUCGAGAUCCAGGUUCCCGAGCAGGCCAUGGGUGGUAUCUACGGUGUCCUUACCCGCCGUCGUGGUCACGUCUACACUGAGGAGCAGCGCCCCGGUACUCCUCUGUUCAACGUCAAGGCCUACCUGCCCGUCAACGAGUCCUUCGGUUUCCCCGGAGAUCUCCGCCAGGCCACCGGUGGUCAGGCCUUCCCUCAGUCCGUCUUCGAUCACUGGGCUAUCCUCCCCGGUGGAUCUCCUCUUGACACCUCCACCAAGCCCGGUCAGGUCGUCGUUGAGAUGCGUAAGCGCAAGGGUCUCAAGGAGAACGUUCCCGGAUACGAGAACUACUACGACAAGCUGUAA